GGAUGUGACGUAGCGGCGGGGGGAGGAGAAGCGUUGUCAGGCUCCCCGGCUUACUCUCCGCAGCCAUGGCGUACUCGACAUUCCGUAAAGUAGCCCUGGCCUCCUGCUUGGUGCUGUGCGUCUCGCUGCUGCUCCCCAAGUUCUUCCUCCCGCGGGGAUGGAGGCCGCAGGAGCCCCUCGCCGGGUCGUCCCCGCCUUCCACCGCCUCGCCCGAGGGAAAGACCAGCUGGUUUCCUCCAACCAUGAACCCACAGAUAUCUCCAGAGGUCAGACCAACUGCUACCCAUUUUCCAAGAUCUCAUCUUGCAGAAGCCAUUGCCAAGGCGAAGGGUGGUGGUGGUGGAGGAGGAGGUGGCGGUGGAGGUGGUGGAGGAGGAGGAGGCGGUGGAGGAGGAGGGAGUGGAAGAGGUCUUGUGGGACAAGUCAUCCCGAUAUACGGAUUUGGGAUCCUUUUGUACAUUUUGUACAUUCUUUUUAAGCUUUCUUCUAAGGGGAAAACUGUGGUGGUUGAACGGAAGUGUCCACCUUCAGCAUCGGGAAACAUGAAUAGGAAGAUCACUGACUAUGAGCUUGCCCAACUUCAAGAGAAGCUGAGGGAGACUGAAGAAGCCAUGGAAACAUUAAUCAACAGGGUGGGACCCAACUAUGAAAGCAGGGCCCAAAAUGGCAGUACUAACCAAGAAAAAAGGCUACUCCAGCAACUCCGCGAAAUUACCAAGGUCAUGAAAGAAGGCAAACUCAUUGAUGGAAUCUCCCCAGAACAAGAAGCUGAAGAAGCACCAUAUAUGCAAGACUGGGAAGGUUAUCCAGAAGAGACCUAUCCUGUCUAUGAUAAUUCUGAUUAUAUGAAGCGCAGACAGGACACGAUUCUUGUGGAUUGCCCUGACCUGAGCCAGCCUUCUGCUGAAGAGAUAGCGGAGCAAAUGGAAUUUGUGGACGAUGAGGAUUAUUUGUGUAGUGAAACCCUUUUGUCUGCUCUCGAUGUAGUGAAUGAUGGCCCUGAAACUGGACACGAGAAGGACCGGCACUCCACUUUCAGUGACCAGAAUGGGACUGGCCGCAACUUUGAGAAGUGCUAUUGUUGUCAGUAUGAAGAGGAUGACCCUGCUGUGAUAGCUGAGAAUGCAGGGUUCUUCUCUGAUAGCUGUAGCGAAACCGAAGAGCCGACCAGAGGGGAGUCGUCGUUGGUGGAUUCUGACCAUGAAAACACAGUGCCCAAAGAUCAAAGCGAUGGAGAUGCCGAUGAUGUUGUCAUUCUGAGGAAGCGAAACACAAAAGGGAUGGAACUGCUUGGACAAUGAGGAACAUGCCCUCUUGUACAAUUCCUACAGACUGCGAUCUUUGCUUCUAGGACACAGGUGUACCUCUCCUGCCAUGUACCUCGCUGAAAUCCCAUAGCAAUGGCUGCUUAUUUCAUUGGGGAGUUAGUAGUUCUCCCGAUCAACUGAACCCAGCAACAGUAGUGCCAACUGCUUGCUUUAGCCAGCCAAAGAACCUGAAAACAAGCUAAUUUCCCCAUAGAUUCCAUGUGCAUGUUCUCUCACAGCUUUGUGUCUCCUGGCCUGAAGCUUAGCUUCACCACAACCUGUAGAACUGUAUGAAGUACAAAAAGGCAUCCAGUAGAGCUUUCUCCCGCUGCAUACGAAGUCUAAUAUCUUUUACUUGUGGCUUAUUUGCCGUGGGCACCUCUGGAUUUAUCAUCAGGUAGGCUGAGGCAGUUCAUUUUGGAUGCCAUCGCAGAAAAGCCUUAAAUACUCAUUUUUCUUUUUGAUCAUCUUAGGAGAUACCAUUUGCCAUUAGAGGAUUAUUUGUCUUUUGGCAAGAGAUGUGAACCAUUUUAUUAUGAGAAAGUGAAAGGGAUGUUUUAAUGCCAUCCUUUUCAAGCAAAUGCUAGCUGUAUAUCUUAGCUGGAAGGCAGGGAGCUCCUGUGUAUUAGCUGAGUGACUCAUUCCAUUUCUCCUCCUCGUAAUUAACAAAAAGCAAAGACUCGUUCUCUCCUCCGUCACUAAUGAUGUUAAAGGGGAAUGAGUAAUCAAUUUCACCUCAUCUGUGGCUCAGCAUUUGGAGCCCUCCUCUCAGCUCACAGCUUCUUUCACACGAUUACUUAAUUUUCAUGGCCAAGUUUCAAUGUACAAUUCUGUGAGUGUGCUUGGAUUAUAACUGAGGAGAAGAAGAAAAAAUCAUUUUGGUGGUGGGGACAAAAAAGUCAAUAAUGGCCAAUAUGUUUGAUUUGACAGAGACUAAAAGAUACUGUAAGGAA